AUGACGCGCGUACCCGGCCUCCUGGCGCCCCUGCUUGGCCUGGGGCUGGGGCUGGGGCUGGGGCUGAUCCUGAGCUCGCUGGGGGCAGGGGCCGCGGACUGCAGGUCCUUCGGCCGCGCAGAGCGCCUGGUGUUCGCCCCGGCGGCCAGGGUCCGUUGGCUGGCUCCUCGCGACCGCCCGCCGGGGCCCCUGAACCCCCUGUACGGCACCGUGCGCCGCUUCCUCUCCGUGGUGCAGUUCAACCCCUUCCCCGCCGAGUUGGUAAAGACCUUGCUGAAUGAGCCGUCCUCCGUGAAGGUGGAUGAGGUGGUGCGGUAUGAGGCUGGCUACGUGGUGUGUGCUGUGAUCGCGGGCCUCUACCUCCUCCUGGUGCCCAUCGCCGGGCUCUGUUUCUGUUGCUGCCGCUGCCGCCGGCGCUGUGGGGGCCGCGUGAAGACGGAGCACAAGGCCAUGGCUUGUGAGCGAGGCACCCUCAUGGCCUUCCUGCUGCUGACCACCCUCGUGCUACUCAUUGGUGUGGUCUGUGCCUUUGUCACCAACCAGCGCAUGCAUGAGCAGAUGGCCCCCGGGGUGGAGGCCGUGCCUGAGACUCUGCUCAGCCUCCGGGGCCUGGUCUCCGAUGUCCCCCAGGAGCUGCAGGCCGUGGCACAGCAGUUCUCCCUUCCCCAGAAGCGAGUCUUGGAGGAACUGGAUGGUGUCGGCAAGAGCAUUGGGAGCACGAUCUACACCCAGCUCAAGAGCACCGUGUAUGAAGUGCUGACCUCAGUGAACAGCCUGGGCCAGGCCCUGCAGCUCUCUAUGGAUCACCUCCAAGCCCUGAAUGCCACCUUGGUGGAGCUGCGGGAGGGCCAGCGGAACCUGGAGCCAGAUGUCCGGGAGCGCCGGGAGCACCUCCUCACCCUGCUGCAGGAGCCUGGCUGCCAGGACUGCACAGAGGCCCAGAGCCGAGCCCGUGCCCUGGAGCUGGGAGCUGACUUUGACCAGGUGUCCCCAGUGGACGAUGUCCUGCAUCGGCUGAAGGGUGUCCCAGAGGCCAACUUCUCCAGCAUGGUCCAGGAGGAGAACAGCACCUUCAACGCACUCCCGCUCCUGGCAGCUUUGCAGACGGCCAACGUGGUCAAAGAGCUGAAGAAGGUGAUAGCCCAGAAGCCUGAAGGGCUGAGGACACUGGCCGAAGAGUUCCCAGGCUGGGAGGCAGCCUCUCGCUGGAGCCAGGCGCUGGAGGAGGUGGAACAGAGUAGCCGCCCCUACCUGAAGGAGGUGCAGAGAUAUGAGAAAUACAGGUGGAUUUUGGGCUGCGUGUUGUGCUCUGCAGUCCUGCUUGUGGUGGUCUGUAAUCUGUUGGGCCUCAACCUCGGCAUCUGGGGGCUGGCUGCCAGGGAGGACCCCGGCCACUCGGAAGCCAAGGGCGAGGCUGGAGCCCGCUUCCUCAUGAUGGGUGUGGGCUUCAGCUUCCUCCUUGCCGCACCCCUCAUCCUCCUUGUUUUCGCCACCUUCCUGGUGGGCGGCAAUGUGCAGACGCUGGUGUGCCGGAGCUGGGAGAGCAGAGAGCUCUACAAGUUUGCAGACACCCCAGGGAACUUGCCCCCAUCCAUGAACUUGUCUCAGCUUCUUGGCCUGAAGAAGAACAUCAGCAUCCUCCUGGCCUAUCAGCAGUGCAAGGAAGGGGCCGCGCUCUGGAGCGUCCUGCAGCUCAAUGACUCCUAUGACCUGGAUAAGCACCUGAAUAUCAGCCAGUAUACCGCCAAGCUGCAGCAGGAGUUGCAGAACCUUAAAAUAGACGUGAAGAAUCUGGACCUGCUGAGCCCAGCCGCCCACCGGGACCUGGAAGCCCUGCAGAGCAGUGGGCUGGAGAACAUCCACUAUUCCACCUUCCUUGAUCAGAUCCAGAAGCCUGUGGUGAACACCGACGUGGAGAAGCUGGCUCAGGAGCUGGAAGGACUGGCCCGGACCCAAGGCAGUUCUGUGCUGGGGCAGCAGCUGCAAGAGGAAGCCCAAGGGCUCAAAAACCUCUAUCAGGAGAAGGUCCUCCCCCAACAGAGCCUUGUGGCCAACCUCAACCUCACUGUCAGGGCCCUGGCAUCCUCAGCCCCGAAUCUCCAGGAAAGUGAGUGUUUCCUGACCCGAGAGAUGGGUUACUUCUCCCAGUACGUGGCCUGGGUAAGAGAGGAGGUGACUCAGCACAUUGCCACCUGCCAGCCUCUCUCCCGAGCCCUGGACAAUGGCCGUGUGAUCCUGUGUGACAUGAUCGCUGACCCCUGGAAUGCCUUCUGGUUCUGCCUGGCAUGGUGCACCUUCUUCCUGAUCCCCAGCAUCAUCUUUGCCGUCAAGACCUCCAAAUACUUUCGUCCCAUUUGGAAACGCCUCAGCUCCACCAGUUCUGAGGAGACUCAGCUCUUCCGCAUCCCCCGGGUCACCUCCCUGAGGCUGUAG